GUAGCUGGAAGUAGUUCAGUUGCUACCUAAAGAAUCUGAGAAGAAAAGUGAAACAUUAAAGGAGUUUUCAUUCCAACCCAAGUUUAUGUUUAGAGAAGCCCCACAAACAGAUGUUCAACCAUUGACGGAGAUUCCAAUUUUAAGGCCUAGUACUUCAGUACCUAAAGCAAAAGAAAAAUCACCUGUUAUGGAAACCAAAAAUUACAAUGCCGAGUUCAAAAAACUUGAUAAACGGAUGAAAGAUAUCUUAUCAAACCAAAAAAAUAUUCAUGGCGAACUUGUGAUAUUCAACCAAAAUUUUAAAGAUUUUUGUAAGAUUCUAAGUGAAUACACAAGGAGUACUCCAUCCGGUACAUCUAAUGUUGAUAAGUGUGUUCUUGAAAAUGAUGUUCCUCUUACUAAGGUAACCGGUUUCUUUUCAUUCUACAACUAAUGAAUUUAAAUUGCUAACUUGUUUGUUUAUUUUAAUUUCAGAAGGACAAAAUUGAACAUUCUUUAUCUGGCCAUGAAGUUGUACCUGGUAAUGUUCAUGCGGAUGAUGGAUAUGUUGACCCUCAAAAUGAGGAACUCGAAGGCAAAAAAUUGAUGGGUGCUUUAGUUAUAGAGGAUCAUGAUUGUACUGAUGAGGUUGUUGAUGCGGCUUAUUCUGGUUUCAGUGCAGCAAUGAAAUUUAUUCAAAAAUCCAAAGGAGAAGGAGCUCAAAUUACUAAAAAUGAAGAACCACAUACACCUUUUGUUGUUGUUUCCCCUGAUUUGAAGAGCACAACUGAAAAGGCCAAAUUGUCUACUGAGAAUAUGGUUGAUUUAGAGAAAAGGGAGCCCAAACCUUCUGCGAUCUUUCAAUCCCCUUUUGUUACUGAUUUUGGUUCAUCAGAACCUGUACCAGUAGGGAAAAGGAAGAAUUUAGAGAUUGUGAAGGGAAUCAUUCCCUUUCGUAAGGAGAUUGGGAAGAAUGCUACUACUGAAGAAACACAAGCAUACAACGACUGGUAUUUUGAGGGUUAUAAACCUAACACUAAGUCAGUAUUCUCUUUCUUCUUUUAUUUGUUUUUUUUUUUAAAUUUUCACUACAUAAUUUUAUGAAUUAUUCUCAUUUCUAUAAUUAAUGCAUUUUUAUUUUUUCAUUGUAGAAAUAAGUUCGUGGCUGACACUAAUGACAUUGAUUUUGAUUUUGGGAUCAUGCACAUCAAAAAAAAAUAUUGGUUUUACCAACUUCAAACUUGUGGUCAAUUUUUGUCUGAUUCUGUAAGUAUAUUGUUUUAUUAGUUCAAGACCAAGUUACAUUAUUAUUUAUUUUAUAGUUUGAUUGAAAGUAACCUGUUACUUUUCAUUUCUUUAAUUUAUGCCUUUCAUUUUUCAAUUUGUUAUAAAUUAAGUGGCUAAUUGAUUAUCCUCUCUUUUUUAUUGCAGCAUAUCGAUGUUAUUAUGUAUUAUCUUAGGAAAAAGAUCAUGCACAGUGGUACUAUCAACUUAUUGGUUACGACUACUGAUUCAAUUUUCUAUAAAGUUGUUAGAACUACUUAUGAGAGUUACUUAGCCAACGGCAGCAAUGUGAUCAACCAGGAAAGCAUUAUUGCAAAAUACAUGUCUGGACAAUCAUUAUCAUGUAGUGUUCCAUGGUAUUACCUUGAUCAUGUUGCGAUUCCAGCUCAUGUUACAGAUGAAGUGCAUUAUAUUCUUGCACAUUUCAAUAUUAGAGAGAGGUGCUUGGUGGUGUAUAAUUCUAUGACUCCGAGACGGAAUAAGAAACCUGUUGAGAAAACUGUUACGGCAUUCUCUGUGUUGAUUCCUUUGUUUAUGGAGUGUAUUGGCUUCUAUAAUACGAGGGCAGACAUAGACUUCAAUCAAGGUCCAUAUGCAGUUGCAAGGUCUCAUCCUUUGGCUGUAAAGUUUGCAAAAUGUGUUCCUCAACAAGAAGAUUG